AUUUGUACCUUCUACACUAUAAUGGCCAACAUUGACAUCUACCCCUGAACUGUUACUACCUGUGCCUUGGACAUGUAAAGAUGAAAAGUCUUCUGUGCCCUAAUUUGAAAAUACAGAAACCGUUCUGCUUUCAUGAAGAUUCACAACAGUAACAUGCAACUCUGAGCACAGUUUGUUUGGACCCAUUCACUUCAACCUCACAACUUAAGAAACACGCAACCUUCACCAUUGCCGAAGCUCAAACAGUUACUUCUCUCACUGUGAGGAAAAGGGGAUGAUUCUACCCUUGUAAGGAGGUGCAUAAUAGGAGCCCACCCAUGAAUGGAACUGGUGGAGAGGCAGAACUUACAGUCUGUUACAGUCAUCUUUUCAGUCCUGUUGCACCUGCUCAUAACAGGCUAAAGCUCCUUUCAAAAGAAGUUUAAAGGACUGUUCAGUGAAGUAAAGGAUACACUAAGGACUGUGCUGAAUUUUAAGAGACCUGAAUCUGGCUGAGGAUGAACAAGCAGCUGUAACCUUCAAACUUUCUUCUCGAGAAUUCUACCGAAGUUCAACACAGAAAAACCUAUGUUUAAGGUAGUCUGCAUUGAAGUGGUGGCUCUUGUUUCGAGAAUGCUUCAGACUGGCCCUGUGGACACAGUGGCCCAUGAAGUGGAACCCUCUGAAAUGCAGUACAGUUAUUGGAAGCAAAUAUGAGUAUGAGGAUCCAAUGGCACAGAAACACCUGAAGACAAAGUGCUUUGUGGAUAUAUAUCAGGUAAUACAGUACUUCCAAGAGGUGUUUGUGCUCCAGUUGAACUCCCUCUUUGGAAUGCUGCUCAGGCAGCUGGUGUAUCCUGCCACUGCAGCCAUGGUCAUCCAUCAAACUCAAGGAAAAGGCCUCUGAGAUUUCAAAGUCUGGUGGCUUAGGUGCAGACCCAACUUCGUGGAUUUGAUACAGCUCUUAGGUAGCCCAUGAAGCUUUGGUGAGACAGUUUUUGUGAGGCUAUACAAAGAAUAGAUUGUGUAGAAUUUUUGUGAACCCCUGGUUCAGAAGGUAGAUAAUGUAUAUGUUUCCAACAUAGGCAUUAUGAAUAAUUCACAACAGAGACCUGUAAACCCUGGAGAAACGUUAUUCAAAACCAACUUAAAUGGGUCUUCUUGCACAAGAGCCUAAAAGCAUUUAAAAUUUGCAGAAUGAAAAGAUGGCACGAGCAAUGCUGGUACCACCAGGACCUGACAGCUUCUUCUACUUCACUGAAGAAUCUCUUGCAGCUAUUGAAAAACGUAUUGCUGAUGAAAAAUUUCCUUGUGACCAAGAUGAGCCUACAGAUGAUGCUGGUCAUGAGGAAAAUCACCCAAAGCCAAAUAAUGACUUAGAGGCAGGAAAGACACUGCCAUUUAUUUAUGGUGAUAUUCCUCCAGAAAUGGUAUCUGAACCCCUGGAAGACCUGGACCCCUAUUACAUCAAUAAAAAAACAUUUAUAGUACUGGAUAAAGCGAAGACAAUCCACAGGUUCAGUGCCACACCUGCCUUGUACCUUUUAUCUCCUUUCAAUAUCACUAGAAGACUAGCUAUUAAGAUUUUGGUUCAUUCAUUGUUCAGCAAGAUCAUUAUGCUCACUAUUCUGGCAAAUUGUGUAUUGAUGACAUGGAAGAAACUUCCAGACUGGGCAAAGAAAGUAGAAUACACUUUCACUGGAAUUUAUACUUUUGAAUUUCUAGUAAAAGUCUUUGCAAGAGGCUUCUGUAUAAACGAUUUUACUUGCCUUCGUGACCCUUGGAACUGGCUUGAUUUUGUUGUCAUUUCCUUUGCGUAUAUAACAGAAUUUGUAAACCUAGGCAAUCUUUCAGCUCUUCGAACUUUCAGAGUAUUGAGAGCUUUGAAAACUAUUUCUGUAAUUCCAGGCUUGAAGACUAUUGUUGGAGCCUUAAUUCAGUCUGUGAAGAAGCUCUCGGAUGUGAUGAUCCUGACUGUAUUUUGCCUGAGUGUAUUUGCACUGAUAGGACUUCAGCUGUUCAUGGGCAACUUGAAGAAUAAAUGCCUGUUCUGGCCAAAAAAAAAUUCAACAGCUUUUGAGGAACAUGUAGUUCCAUACUUUAAUGGUUCAGAAUUUGACUGGGCAGCAUACAUUAACGAAGAAAGUCAUUUCUAUCUCCCAAAAGGAGCAAUUGAUUUUCUGCUUUGUGGCAAUAGCUCAGAUGCAGGUAAAUGCCCAGAAGAGUUCAUCUGUGUGAAAGCUGGUAAAAACCCCAACUAUGGAUAUACUAGCUUUGACACAUUCAGUUGGGCUUUCUUGUCACUGUUUCGACUGAUGACACAGGACUAUUGGGAAAAUCUUUAUCAGUUGACACUACGAGCUGUUGGCAAAUCAUACAUGAUCUUUUUUGUUGUGGUGAUUUUUCUGGGAUCCUUCUAUUUGAUUAACUUGAUUUUGGCUGUGGUUGCCAUGGCCUAUGAAGAACAAAACCAGGCAACUAUUGUUGAAGCAGAGCAGAGGGAGGCAGACUUUAAGCUGAAGCUUGAACAACUGCAGAAGCAGCAAGAAGAAGCUCAGGCAAUAGCAGUGGCUGUAGCAGAGAUGACAGAGUACAGCUGUGAAAGUGGGAAUGCUGCACCCUCAGAUAGUUCUUCAGAUACAUCCAAGCUUAGUUCAAAAAGUGCCAAAGAAAGGAGAAAUAGAAGGAAGAAGAGAAGGCAGAGAGAGCUCUCUGGAGAAGAGGAUGACAUGAAGAAUGAAAAGCUUCCAAAAUCUGAAUCAGAUGGCAGUAUCAAAAGGACAGGUUUCCGUUUAUCUUUUGAUGGAAACAGACUAACUUAUGGGAAGCCGUUUACAUCGCCCCACCAGUCUUUGCUGAGUGUUCAUGGCACCCUGUUUUCUCCCAGACCUAGCAGCAGAACAAGUAUUUUCAGUUUUAGAGACUAUGGAAGAGAGCGAGGAUCUGAAAAUGACUUUGCUGACGACGAGCACAGCACGUUUGAGGAUAAUUCGAGCAGAAGGGGUUCCCUGUUUGUGCCGCGCAGGCACGGCGAGCGGCGCAGUAGUAACAUUAGCCAGACCAGUAGGUCAUCAAGGAGGCUCACAGUCCUCCCAGUGAAUGGGAAGAUGCACAGCACCGUGGAUUGCAAUGGGGUGGUUUCCUUGGUGGAUGGACCACCAGGUCUGUCGUCUCCUACUGGACAACUUCUGCCAGAGGUGAUAAUAGAUAAAGCAGCAGCUGAUGGGAAUAGCACUACCACAGAAAUAGAAAUAAAAAACAGACGUACCAGUUCAUAUCAAAUACCAGUGGAGUUGCUGGAGGAUCCCGAUUUAAGGGAAAGGGCCAUGAGUCUAGCAGAUGUUAUCACAAAUAGAAUGGAAGAACUUCAAGGAUCCAGACAAAAAUGUCCACCUUGUUGGGAUAAGUUUGCCCACACUUUCUUAAUUUGGGAGUGCUGCAAGCCCUGGUUAAAAAUAAAGAGUGCAGUUGAAUUUAUUGUAAUGGAUCCACUAGUUGAUCUGGCUGUCACUGUUUGCAUAGUUAUUAACACACUAUUUAUGGCCAUGGAACAUUAUCCAAUGACUGACCAUUUUUACACUGUACUUACAGUAGGAAAUCUGGUUUUUACUGGAAUUUUUGCAGCAGAAAUGGUUCUCAAGAUAAUUGCCAUGCAUCCUUAUAAUUAUUUCCAAGUUGGCUGGAAUAUUUUUGAUAGUUUUAUAGUUAUUCUUAGUUUGGUGGAGCUUUUUUUGUCAAAUGUGGAUGGAUUAUCCGUUCUCCGAUCAUUCAGAUUGCUUCGAGUCUUCAAGCUGGCAAAAUCUUGGCCAACCCUAAAUAUGCUGAUUAAGAUUAUUGGCAACUCAGUGGGGGCUCUGGGGAAUCUGACCCUGGUGCUGGCCAUCAUUGUGUUCAUUUUCGCUGUGGUUGGGAUGCAGCUGUUUGGGAAAAGCUACAAGGAAUGCGUCUGCAAGAUCUCCAGCGACUGUGAACUUCCUCGCUGGCACAUGCAUGACUUUUUCCACUCUUUCCUGAUUGUAUUCCGAGUGCUGUGUGGAGAAUGGAUAGAAACAAUGUGGGACUGCAUGGAGGUUGCUGGCCAAACCAUGUGCCUUAUUGUCUUCAUGAUGGUCAUGGUGAUUGGAAACCUAGUGGUAUUGAAUCUUUUUCUGGCCUUGCUGCUGAGUUCAUUUAGUUCAGACAACCUUACUGCUACAGAAGAUGAUAAUGAAAUGAACAACUUGCAGAUUGCUGUUGCAAGAAUUCAGAAGGGAAUAGAUUAUGUGAAGAAGAGAGCAGGUGAAUGUGUCCGAAAGUCUUGUUUUGGAAAACAAGCUGCUGUAAAUCAAAGAACAGCAACAGAUCAGUUGAAUGAUGAAAGAAACCUUUGCAUUUCCAACUGUACUGUCACUGAACUAAGGAUUGAUACGAAUUAUGGCAAAAAUGAAAAUGGAAUGGCCACUGUUACAGGUGGCAGUGAUUAUACAUCAUUCAUAAACAACCCAAGCCUUACUGUCACAGUACCAAUAGCUGUUGGAGAGUCUGAUUUUGAACAUCUGAAUACAGAAGAGUUUAGCAGUGACUCAGAUUUGGAUGAAAGCAAGGAGAAGCUUGAUUUUUCCAGCUCAUCAGAAGGAAGUACAGUUAAUUUAGCUGUCUUUGGAGAAGAAAAAAGUGAAACUGAACCAGAAAAAGCAUCAGAACUACAGGCAUGUUUUACAGCAGGCUGUGUACAGAAGUUUAAAUGCUGUAAAGGCAAUAAGGAGAGCACAAAAGGAAGAAUCUGGUGGAACCUCCGAAAAACCUGUUACAAGAUAGUAGAGCACAACUGGUUUGAAUCAUUCAUUGUCUUCAUGAUUCUUCUCAGCAGUGGUGCUCUGGCUUUUGAAGAUAUAUAUAUUGAAAAGCACAAGACUGCAAAAAUCCUGCUGGACUAUGCUGAUAAAAUAUUUACUUAUGUCUUUAUUCUGGAAAUGUUGCUAAAAUGGGUGGCCUAUGGUUUUCAGACUUACUUCACUAAUGCUUGGUGCUGGCUGGACUUCCUCAUUGUCGAUGUCUCGUUGGUUAGCUUAGUAGCUACUGCCCUUGGUUUCUCAGAAUUUGGUGCAAUUAAAUCUCUCCGAACAUUAAGAGCUUUGAGACCUCUAAGAGCUUUGUCACGCUUUGAAGGCAUGAGGGUGGUUGUGAAUGCUCUUACUGGAGCAAUCCCAUCCAUAAUGAAUGUACUUCUGGUUUGCCUUACAUUCUGGCUAAUUUUCAGCAUUAUGGGAGUCAAUUUGUUUGCUGGAAAGUUCUAUCACUGUGUUAACACCACAAAUAAUGUGAUGUUCACACCAGAGGAAGUCAGUAAUAAAAGUAUGUGUGAAGAUCUGAACAGGACUUCUGGAGGAGUUCGGUGGAAAAAUGUGAAAGUAAACUUUGAUAAUGUUGCAAUUGGUUAUCUUUCUCUGCUUCAAGUGGCAACAUUUAAAGGGUGGAUGGAGAUUAUGUAUGCUGCAGUUGAUUCUACACAAGUAGAGCACCAGCCAAAGUAUGAAGACAACCUGUACAUGUACAUUUACUUUGUGGCCUUUAUUAUUUUUGGAUCAUUUUUCACCCUAAACUUAUUCAUUGGUGUCAUCAUAGACAACUUCAACCAACAAAAAAAGAAGCUUGGAGGUCAAGACAUUUUCAUGACAGAAGAACAAAAGAAAUACUACAAUGCAAUGAAGAAGCUGGGAUCAAAGAAACCACAAAAACCUAUACCUCGACCAGUGAACAAAUUGCAAGGUCUGAUGUUUGAUAUUGUAACACGGCAACUAUUUGACAUCACUGUCAUGGUUUUAAUCUGUCUUAACAUGGUCACAAUGAUGAUAGAAACAGAUGACCAGACUGAACUGAUGCAAAAUAUUUUAUAUUGGAUUAACUUGGUCUUUGUAGUCCUUUUCACUGGUGAAUGUGUCUUCAAAAUAUUUUCACUCCGUUAUUAUUACUUCACCAUUGGCUGGAAUAUUUUUGAUUUUGUGGUUGUUAUUCUUUCAAUAAUAGGUAAGAAAUUCUUAUGUUCAAAAUGAAAUACAAUUAUCUGUUUAUUUAAUGAUUUAUCUCUGUCAAGUUGUGCAAAUUGGAGGAGUUACUUAAAGAGUUGGCGUGGAAUGUUUAUACUUUUUUGUGGAAAAUGUAAUCUGUGUUAAAAACUUACUAUUGGGCUGCUGCUUUUCCUGGUCAUGUUCAUCUAUGCCAUAUUUGGCAUGUCCAACUUUGCCUAUGUCAAAAAGGAGGAUGGGAUUGAUGACAUGUUCAACUUUGAAACAUUUGGCAACAGCAUGAUCUGCCUGUUUCAGAUCACCACGUCCGCGGGCUGGAAUAAUUUGCUCAACCCAAUCCUUAACAGUGGGGCACCAGACUGUGACCCCCAUAUAGAACAUCCAGGGAGCUCUGUGAAAGGUGACUGUGGCAACCCUUCUGUUGGGAUUUUCUUCUUUGUGAGUUACAUUAUCAUUUCCUUCCUGGUAGUGGUGAACUGUACAUUGCUGUGAUUUUGGAGCAUGUACAUUGCUGUGAUUUUGGAGAACUUCAGUGUUGCUACUGAAGAAAGUGCUGAACCCUUGAGUGAGGAUGACUUUGAGAUGUUCUAUGAGGUUUGGGAAAAAUAUGAUCCUGAUGCAACACAAUUCAUAGAAUAUAGCAAACUGUCUGAUUUUGCAGCUGCUCUAGAGCCUCCUCUUAAUAUACCAAAACCAAACAAAAUCCAGCUUAUCGCAAUGGAUCUGCCUGUGGUGAGUGGUGACCGAAUUCACUGCCUUGACAUCUUGUUUGCUUUCACAAAGCGUGUGCUGGGGGAAAGUGGGGAGAUGGAUGCCCUCAGAAUACAGAUGGAAGAUCGAUUAGAUCGAUUCAUGGCAUCCAAUCCUUCUAAAGUCUCCUAUGAACCAAUUACAACCACACUGAAACGAAAGCAGGAAGAAAUUUCUGCCAGUAUAAUUCAGCGUGCUUACAGACGUCAUCUUCUAAGACAGUCAGUAAAGAAGCUUUCAUUUCUGUAUCAGAAAGAUGGGGGUGAUCAGCUUAUCAAAAAUGAUAUCGUUGUUGGUAAGCUGAGUGAAAACUCAUCUCCAGAGAAAAUGGAUAUGUCUGCAUCCACCACAGCUCCGCCUUCUUAUGAUAGUGUAACAAAACCAGAAAAAGAAAAAUAUGAAGAUGACAAAUCAGAAAAGGAAGACAAAGGAAAAGACAGAAGAGGAAACAAAAAAUAAAAGGCAGAGGUUAUUCGUGAUGAGUGUUCACAAGCUUGAGAAUAUGUUUUUGUCAGUAGCACUGUUACUGGAGGAUUAUGCCAAAAUUACAAGUUUUUACAUACUUACUGCAUGCUGCAGUCAGUGCCUAUCCAAGACAAUGGUCCUUCACUAGUAAACUCUUGGUCUGUAACAAGGAAACAAACUUGCAGAGCAAUAGUUUUGAUUAACAGCUGUUACUAAUUGAGAGACACAAAAUUUCUACUUGGAACCCUUAAUGGGUCCAUAUAAGCCUGUACUUCUGUGGAAUAAGUGUGUCCACUGUGUACAUUUCAUCUCCUGUGUUCCAUGUGUGUCAGCUCUUUUUCAUUAUCUCGUUUGCUUUGAAUAACAUACUGCUUUAUUAAUUCUGCUGUGCUGAGAAAACAAAAUCUACUCUUAAUUUAGAUAAACACUAAAUAAUACUCUUACGUGCAGAGGACCACAAAUGUCAGGAAUAUGUAAUUAUUGCAUCAUAAUAUGAAUGUAGUUCUCUUCAAGCCACUUCUAAAGGCAAAAAAAUCAGAAUUCUAGAUUGUCGAACCUCAGGAUGUAGAUCAAAGAAACAGCAAACUAUGAAGCAACCAAUAGAGUCCAGAUAGAGAAUUUGUCAGUAAAUCAAGCAAGGGAAUAAUUUUUACAGAAAAGAGUUGGUACCUUAGUCCUUUAAUAUAUUUAUUUUUAUUAUCUUUUAGUAGUUCUUAAUUUAUUGUACUGUCCAUUUCAGAUACAGUGGUUUAAAUAAAUUAUGCUGCAUAGAGCUCCUGUUCGGAAAAUUGCAAAACUGUGGAAAAAAUUACUUUCAAAGUACAAGCUAGCUCAGAAUUCCUGAAACAUUGAACCAAUUCUUUCCACAGAAAAGCUACAAAUGCCAAAUUCUGCCUAUAAAAAAUAGUAUUUUUAAAAAAAAUGUGCUAUGUUUUGACCCUUGAUACUGUGAGUAAUGUCCAUGCUUUAUUCCAAAGUCUGUUGCUACACUUCUUAUUUCAUGAGUAUAUCCCACUUAGGAAAAUAAUCAAAGCUACACAUUGAUAGCAGAGUACCUUUGGGGAAAAAUACUACUUUAAUAUAUACCUCAUAUUUAAAUUUCCCUACUUUGGAAGGAUGGAGCAUAGAAAUACAAAAUAUGUAUGUGAGAGAGGUGGUUUUGACCCCCUUGGCAAUAUGGUCAGGUUUCCACUGUAGUGUAACCUUCUGUAGAGAGCUGAGAUGACCAAAAAGAUGUACUGGAACCAGCUUUGUCCUGCACUGGGGUUUAGAUGAGUUUUUUUUGCAUUCAGGCUGACACUGUACCUGUAAGUAAAAUACCCUCUGUUAUUUAAUCAGUUGUUUUACACAGUGGUGCCCUUCUGAACAAAGAGACAAUGACCUAAUUACUGUAUAUGUGUCAAAUAUCUACCCUAGUAAGUUAGCUUACAACAUUUCAAUAGAUACUAUGAUGUGUUCUGUGAUACUUCAAAUAAUUGGAAGCUCUAACUGAUGCAUGCUUGCUGCUAUUAUCCUACAGCUGUUAAAAUUUAACAUGGGAAGAGAAGUAAGUGGUAAAAAGAAAAAGUUUGACAAGACCAUCGUUCCUCAUACCAGUAAGCAAUUGUUUGCUGCUAUUAAAGACUUUAUUUUGUGUGAGUGUUGUAAUCAGCAAAUAUGCAGUAAGGUACUGGACUAUACAGGCAAAUAGAUGGCUUAAAAUACGGGGCUAGAAAAAAAUUAUAUGUCUAUUCUUUUUAUUUAAAAAUAGUUUUAUUUUAUAAGAUUUUAUACUUACUAUAAGAAAUUACACAUAUUUUCCUGUUGUUAUUAAUUUUUAUUGCUGUCUUUGACACUUUACCAUUCAGAAACGUAAUAUCAAAUAUGUAAUUGAAAAUUCCUGCUGAUUGCUUUAAACAGCUUUUAAUAAGGAGUAGUUUAAAAACAAAUGGACACUACAAAUUUUUUUCUGAUCCAUAGAUAGGCCUUUUUUAAUGUUAUAAUCCUGUCCGCUGAUUUUCAGGUAAUCUUAGUCAUAGGAACCUUGUUGUUUCCCCAGAGUUAAUCUGCUAUCUGCUAUCUUAAAGUAAAGUAAAGUAAAGCUAUCUGCUUUACUUAUUGGUGCACACUGCAGUAGAAACACUUUAAAUAGCAUUUCUUACUCAAAAAUCUUUCUUCAUGAGGAUGAAUAGCGAACUUGUGCAAUGGGAAGUGAAACACUUUGCAUUUCUUACAAAAGAACUAGAAUAUUGAUGGGCUCCUGCUUUUAUAGAAAUUAUUGGCUCAUAGUGUACUGAUGAACUGCAUGCAGGAAAUUGUUUUACCAAAAAUAACUACAUUGCUAACAACCCGAAAGAAUAAAGAUAACCUUUUUAUGUAA